AUGAGCGUCCCCAGCCGGAUUUCCGAGACGCGCGAGAUCCCGCUGGAGACGUACCGCAACAUCGGGAUCAUGGCGCACAUCGACGCCGGCAAGACGACGACGACGGAGCGCAUCCUGUACUACACGGGCAAGUCGUACAAGAUUGGCGAGGUGCACGACGGCGGCGCGACGAUGGACUGGAUGGAGCAGGAGCAGGAGCGCGGGAUCACGAUCACGUCGGCGGCGACGUCGUGCUCGUGGAAGGACUACCGCAUCAACAUCAUCGACACGCCGGGGCACGUGGACUUCACGCUCGAGGUGGAGCGCUCGCUGCGCGUGCUCGACGGCGCGGUGGCGGUGUUCGACGCGGUGUCGGGCGUGGAGCCGCAGUCGGAGACGGUGUGGCGCCAGGCGGACAAGUACAAGGUCCCGCGGAUGUGCUUCGUGAACAAGAUGGACCGCCUGGGCGCCGACUUCUUCAACUGCGUCAAGAUGAUCGAGACCAACCUGGGCGCGACGCCGUGCCCGCUCCAGAUCCCGAUCGGCGCGGAGGAGGCCUUCGAGGGCGUGAUCGACCUGAUCGAGAUGAAGGAGCUGGUGUGGAAGGGCGAGGACCUGGGCGCGUCGUGGGACGUGGUGGACAUCCGCGACGACCUCAAGGAGACGGCCGCGGAGUGGCGCGAGAAGAUGAUCGAGCUCGCCGUCGAGCAGGACGACGAGGUCCUCGAGGCGUACCUCGAGGGCGAGGAGCCCGACGUGGCCACGCUGAAGAAGCUCAUCCGCAAGGGCUGCCUCAACUUCAGCUUCACGCCGGUGCUCCUCGGCACGGCGUUCAAGAACAAGGGCGUGCAGCCGCUGCUCGACGCGGUCGUGGACUACCUCCCGAGCCCGAUCGACGUGCCGGCGAUCAAGGGCGUGGCCGUCGACGACCCGGAGAAGGAGAUGUCGCGCAAGUCGAGCGACGACGAGCCGUUCGCGGCGCUCGCGUUCAAGAUCAUGGCCGACCCCUUCGUCGGCUCGCUGACCUUCUGCCGCGUGUACUCGGGCACCAUCGAGGCCGGGUCGUACGUGCUGAACGCCAACAAGAACAAGAAGGAGCGCGUGGGGCGCAUGGUGGAGAUGCACGCCAACUCGCGCGAGGACGUCAAGGUCGCGCGCGCGGGCGACAUCAUCGCCAUCGGCGGGCUCAAGGACGUCAUCACGGGCGAGACGCUCUGCGACGAGAAGGCCCCGGUCAUCCUCGAGCGCAUGGAGUUCCCCGACCCCGUGAUCAAGAUCUCGAUCGAGCCCAAGUCGAAGAAGGACCUCGAGAAGCUCUCGAACGGGCUGAUCAAGCUCGCGCAGGAGGACCCCUCGUUCCACUUCUCGCGCGACGAGGAGUCGGGCCAGACCACGAUCGAGGGCAUGGGCGAGCUGCACCUGGACAUCAUCGUCGACCGCCUCAAGCGCGAGUUCAAGGUGGAGUGCACGGUCGGCGCGCCGCAGGUGAACUACCGCGAGUCGAUCUCGCAGCCGAGCGAGACGCGCUACGUGCACAAGAAGCAGUCGGGCGGGUCGGGCCAGUUUGCGGACGUGGCCAUCCGCUUCGAGCCGCUCGAGGCCGGCUCGGGCUUCGAGUUCGUGUCGGAGAUCAAGGGCGGCGUGGUGCCGAAGGAGUACAUCCCGGGCGUGCAGAAGGGCCUCGAGGAGAUGAUGAGCACGGGUGUGCUCGCGGGCUUCCCCGUCGUGGACAUGCGGUGCACGCUCUACGACGGGUCGUACCACGACGUCGACUCGUCGGUGCUGGCGUUCCAGAUCGCGGCGCGCUCGGCGUUCAAGGAGGGCAUGAAGAAGGGCAAGCCGCAGCUGCUGGAGCCGGUCAUGGAGGUGGACGUCAUCACGCCCGAGGAGUUCAUGGGCGACGUCAUCGGCGACAUCAACUCGCGCCGCGGGGUGGUCGGCCAGCUCGGGGACAAGCCCGGCGGCAUGAAGACCAUCGCCGCGGAGGUGCCGCUCGCGGAGAUGUUCCAGUACGUCUCCAAGCUGCGCGGCAUGACCAAGGGCCGCGCCAACUACUCGAUGAAGCUGGGCAAGUACCAGCCCGUGCCGCCCAACAUCCAGAAGGAGAUCGCCGCCGAGCGCGCCGGCGCCACCGCCUAA